GGCCGCCGGUUCCCGCCGCGGCAUUACAGAAUCGCCUUCAGGCUGCCCUGUUCGAGCAGCGGCGGCGGCGUCGGAACAACUUGUCAGGUGGAGCCCGAGGCUGCCCGGUUGGACGAAAGGCAGCCCGCGCGGUUUGUGAAGCGAAGCGGGCUGCCCCCUAGCUUGGCCUGGUCAGUGUGAAGCGCUACGACCAGGAUGGCGGCGCCGCGCGCCGCCAGUCGCAGUCCCUCUCCACAGAGGGACAUCAUCACGGCGCCGCACCCCCACGCGGCCAUUACGAUAAGACCGCUUUCCCCAUCACUGGAAGCGCCGCGGCUCGCGCGAAAACGCGUCUCGCUGGCGCAAGUCACGAAGCGCAUGCAGUGGGACUCGGACAUCGACGACGACCUGGAUUCGACGGAUAGUAGUGGAGCCUACUCUGUUAGAAGCGCCACCAGCAGUUUCAUGAAGACGGCGCGGUGUCGCAUUAAUGUCAAACAGUUGACACCGUUAAUCAUAGCGGGCGUCCUCUGCGCCGCGGCUGCUAUUUCUGUCCAGCCGAUCGUCGCGCACGUCGUCGAGGAGCGCGCGCGGGAAGCUAUUGUAAUUGAUACGGUGAACGAGUGGCGCCGGCUCCACGAAAAUGUUGUUUCAUCUGUUGAUGUGACGCUCUGGAACGUGACCAAUUCUGAGGAGGUGCUUGCCGGCGCGACGCCUUCGUUGGAUCCUGUAAAGCUGGGGCUCGUCCACUCGUUGGUGGGGUCUGACCGGAGUUGGGUCGACUCGCGGAAAUCAUACGAAUUCUCUCGACAUAGCUACUAUACGACUACUGAAUCAAUGGAUGCGGAAAUAGUGACCCUCGAUACCGACGGCACCUUCGCGCGGCGCCCGAUCCGAGACAUGCUCUCGACAAUCCUCCGGAACGCGACGGAUCGAAUUGGUCUCAGGACCGGCCGAGGAAACAUAGAUGAUGUUGGGCGGUACACGCUCGCGCCGAACCCGUCAGCGGUCGGCGCGCGGACGCGAGUUAAACCAUUACGCCGCGAGGACGCCAAGGUCAAAGGGACCGUCUGGUCCGACGCCCUCCAGAAGCACGUAGCUUUGGUCGACGACGGUGCGAUGAACGUGAAGGGCGUGGCUUGUAGACGAGUAGUGUUCGAGGCCACGAAUAGCACCGUCGACGGCUAUGACAUAGACGCCGACAUAGACGGGACCCGCUUCGACGGCUUCGAAGAGGGCGCGGCGUCGUGGGCCGCCGUCGAGCCGCUCACCGGACGAUUGGUAGAGUCUCAAAUCAGUACGGAGCGGUCCCUGAACGGGUGGCCCCUCGUCACGACGGUCGAGUCCUACGAAUGGGAGGGAUCAGAAGCUAGACGACACAUCGAGGAUUACGACACACCAAAAAAGGCGGCCCGCGGCUGCAUGGUCGCCUUCGCGGUCCUCGCUUUGCUGAUCGGCGGCGCGACGUGCGCGCUGCAUGUGGCCUUCAACCGGCCGCGUUCGCAGUCCCUCGCCUCGGUGAUUUCCGUCAUGCAAAACGACGACGCGGACCUCUGAACAUAUCGCUCCCCGUCGCGGCGCUUCUCCGCCCGCGGCUCCAUCACGGCCUCCACGCCUGCUCGACGGCGCGGCGGUGCCGGUUCCUCACUGCUCGAUGGCGUCCCAUUGCUUAUCUCUGUCCGGUCCCCUUACGAAAGCUGCCGGAUACGCUUUCUCUCCCACGCUUACUCUCGUGUAUAAAGUAACAUUGAUCCUGG